AAUUUUUGUAGAAAUCUUCGAAAGCCUUUCUAACACGAUAUCGUUGCGUCUUAAAUUUUUAUCUCCCGUGAGACCCCAGAGAGCUUGAAAGAUUUGCAGCUAAUUCUGCAGGGAACUCCAUACAUAAGGUCUUCCUUAUACCUACUUAUUUAAGUGAUUGCAGCAAUGACCAAUGCUUGUUUCAGUGGAAUCCGUGGCAUUCAUCAUGGAAGACCAGUUAUGCUGCCCAGGAGGAGAAAAUUUCAAACGCAAUUUUUUAGAAGUUUUUCAACUGUUGCAGCGCCACUAUUUUCUGCAGGAGUUCCCAAUUAUCGUUGCCAUUCACCGUUAGUGCAUGCUUGUAUUACCCAAUCAGAUGCUCCACAGAGAUCUGAUGAGUGGUUUGCACUUAGGAAGGACAAGUUGACAACUAGUACCUUCAGCACUGCUCUUGGAAUGUGGAAAGGCACGCGGAGAUAUGAACUCUGGCACGAGAAAGUUUUUGCUUCAGAUGUUCGAUCAGCAGAAGAUGUUAAGAACAGUGCUAUGCAGUGGGGUGUUCUAAACGAAGCAAAAGCUAUUGAAAGGUACAAGAAAAUCACUUGCCGUGAUGUGAGCUCCCUGGGAUUUGCAAUGCAUGCGGAGCAGAAAUUUGAUUGGAUUGGUGCCUCUCCUGACGGUCUACUUGGUUGUUCUCCCGGUGGCGGGAUUUUAGAAGUGAAGUGUCCGUAUAACAAAGGGAAGCCUGAGUUAGGACAACCUUGGUCAACUAUGCCAUUCUACUACAUGCCUCAGGUACAAGGUCAGAUGGAGAUCAUGGACAGAGACUGGGCAGACUUGUAUUGUUGGACUCCAAAUGGGAGCACAAUAUUUCGGGUUAAUAGAGAUCGUGAAUAUUGGCAUAUGAUACACGAGAUGUUACAUGAAUUUUGGUGGGAAAAUGUCAUUCCAGCUCGAAAAGCAGUACUCCUGGGGCAGGAGAAAGAAGCCAAUUCGUAUGAACCAGCGUCGACACAUAAACAGACCGGAAUGGUGAUUUUUAGAAGCAUAAGGUUAGCCGAGGCAUCAAAAUUGUUAUGCAGAGAAAGAGCUGGUCAUGUGGAAUUCUGUAGGUGAUUUACCGAUAUUCAUGGUUCUUUAGUUAAUCAGUUGGCUCCAAUAUUUGUUCAAUAUGCCUAAAUUUCUAUGCAUAUAUGUAUUCGUAAUUCAUUAUUGAUUCAUAUAGAAAAUUAUUUCUAAUGAUAGCAGAAAUUUAACUUU